AUGAGAAACAAAACGUCUAUUCAGUCACCUUUCUGGUUCGGAGGUGCUGCUUCUUGUUUAGCUACCUUUGUAUCCCACCCUUUUGAUCUCACCAAAGUCAGGCUUCAAACACUUAAAGUUGAAUACACGUCUGUAUGGUCAGAAUUUAAGCUGUUGAGUCCCACUCGAAUGUUCAAGACUAUGUGGACUAUCACAAGAACAGAAGGUUUGACAGCUUUGUAUAGUGGGCUUUCUGCAAGUCUGUUGAGACAGGGUACAUAUUCAACUAUACGCUUUGGCUUGUAUGAUCAAUUUAAAUGGUCUGUUGCUGGCGAUCAAAAGCCUACAGUACGUCAAUUGAUCUUUUGUUCAACCAUGGCUGGGGCAUUAGGUGGUGCAUUUGGCAACCCUAGUGAUGUAGUCAAUGUACGUAUGCAAAACGAUGGUCAAUUGCCACCUAAUCAGAGACGAAACUACAAGAAUGUUAUUGAUGGAAUGAUAAGAAUCAGUCGUGAAGAAGGGCCUCGUGUCUUGUUAAGAGGCAUUGGCUCAAGUACACACAGAGCUAUCUUAAUCACUGUCUCUCAAAUGUCAAGUUAUGACAUGUUUAAGCAACUCUUUGUUGAUACACUUGCAUACCGUGAUGGUCUUAUGGUUCAUUUUGCUUCAAGUUUACUAGCAGGCCUUGUAGCAACUACUGUCUGCUCCCCUUUAGAUGUUGUUAAGACACGUAUCAUGAGUGCACAUAUACAUGAUGGAAAACAUCCAAUUCGAAUCAUGGUUCAUAUGAUAAAGACAGAAGGCGUUGGGUCUCUUUUCCGUGGCUGGAUGCCUGCUUUUGUAAGACUAGGCCCACAUACAAUCGUGACAUUUAUUGUGUUGGAACAAUUGAAAGAACGGCAUAAACGUUACAAGCUAUCUCAACCAUCAUUAUAA